AAACAAUCACUAUGGUAGAUUAUCUCGUUUUCAAAUUUAUGUAUAAUAUCGAUACGUCACCAAAAUCAGCUGUUUCAUGAUGACAGUCGACUGUUGGAUCGCAACGAAAUAGUUUUCUCCUUCGAUCGAAAGAGAUAUAAUGAAUUAAUAAAACUUGUAUAUAAAAUAGUGAUAAAAUUCGAAAAUUAAGGAAUUAUGGCUACGAGAAAUUUAACAGAACCUUUUAUUUUAAUGAGAAAUAAUGCUCUCCAAAGCAAACAUAUUUAUGCCGAACAGAAUUUAUCGGAUAGGACAGCUUUAGUUAGUUCGGAUUCUAUAUCUGCAGAUAAUGUUGAACUAAGAAAUAUAAAUUUGAGCGAUUCAACACCUCCAGUAUGGGCAGAUGCAUUAGAAGAAACACAAUAUAUUCUUAGCAGAUUAAGAAUAAAAAUAGAUAGUUUAAUGGAAUUGCAUGCUAAACAAUUAACUAGACCAACUCUAGAUGAUACAUCACAGGAAGAGAGGCAAAUGGAACAAUUAUCUCGUGAAAUAGGACGUGCAUUUGCCAAUGGUUAUCGUCAAGUACAAACUAUAAAAACAGCUGCAAGACACGAAACAAAACCUGCUCAACGACAUCUCGCACUAAAUGCUGUGAUAGCGCUUUCUUCCGCCUUACAAGAUUUGGGAAUACGUUACAGAUCAGCUCAAAAUCAUUAUUUAACACAGAUUAAAUCAAGGGAAGAAAGAAGUAAUCAAUUUUUUAGCGAAGAUCAAUCUUUUUUAAACAAUAUGGCAUCUGCUUCUUGGUUAAUGGAAUCUAACGAUCCUAAAACUAAUUACUGGGAAGAAGAUGAACAACAACAAGAAUCUGUUCUCUUACAAUUAGAAGAUCCAGAAGAAAGGUUAAAAGUAGCUGUAGAAAGAGAACAACAAAUUGGAAGCAUAGUCCAAAGUAUUGCAGAUCUAAAAUAUAUAUUUAAGGAUCUGGCAAAUAUCGUGCAGGACCAAGGAACUAUUUUAGAUCGGAUUGAUUACAAUAUUGAACAGACACAAGUACAAGUAUCUGAAGGUUACAAACAAUUAAAAAAGGCUGAUUCCUAUCAAAGAGCUAAUAGAAAACUUUAUUGCAUAGUAGUUUUAGCAGCUAUUAUUAUUUUACUUUGUUUCUUAUUUCUCCUAUUAAAGACAUAAAGUACAGUGUUCACAUACGUAUGGAUCGUCAUUAGUCUUCAAUAAGUCAUUGUUAUUUAUUAAUAUGUUUUCCAAUUUAAGUGCUUUUAUGUAAGAAACAUGUAAAAAUAGUUAAAACGAUACAUAUUCAUAAAAAAAAAAUAUCCUCCAUAGAAUUGAAAGAAUAUUUUUUAACACAAUAUAUAUACACCUACAUAUAACAGUUAUUAAAAAAUAAUGAAUCACUGAGAAAUAAUGCAAACUGUGAAUAUUGAUGAUAAUGCUUACAAUGGCCUUUAAAAAAAAAAAUAUUAAUGUAUUUCACAUUACAUCUAUAUAUUUUAAUUCAAUAUAUAAAUGUCAGAAAUAUAUGAGAAUGACAAAUUUUAUAUGUAUAACAAAACUAGAAGUAAUGUUCUGGGAUUAUACUAUUUCAACCCUAUAUAUAAUUAUAUUUUUAUCUUGAACAUUUAAAUAAUUUUACUAUGUUACUGUCAUUCCAUAAAGUAUACAAUUAAAAAAUAUAAUAAAUAUUUAUUUAUUGUAUGUAUAUUGUAUGUACAUUACAUAUGUUGUACAAGUAUUCUUAUCAAAGAUGUUUAAAGAAAUAAUAUUACCAUGUAUUUGCCCAUUAUUUAAUUAUAAAAUGCAUUUUUAAUUAAUAUGUCGAUAAAUUUGAUUGCAAGUAUUUAUAUUGUAUAUUCUUAAUAGGAACUUUACUAAUAUUAAUAACGAAAGAACUCAUAUACAUUUCUGUUAUAUAUUUCACAAAGUUCACUCGAAGAAGUUCUAAAUAUUCUCAUAUAAAUGUAUGCCGAAAUAUGUAUAUAUUGUAUGUAUUUAUAGACAAAAAUGUUGAUAUUACAAUAUAUGACGAAAAAUAUUUCGUUAAAUUAUCGUAUAAAUUGUUUAUUAUUAUAAAGUAUGAAUAAAUUGACUAUUUCAUGCA